GUAUUAGUGAAGAGGCACACAAUUAGCUUAUUGUUCCUUUCUGUAUUGUGCUGAGAGGAUCCAAGGGAUUGGUGGGGGAACAGGCAUCACUGUGGAUGUUGAAGAAGGAAGUUCCUUAGACCUCUGCAUCUUCACUUGCUCAGUCUGGAAUUACAGCUAUUUGUUACAAAGCACUGUGUGUGGCUUGGUGGAGCGUGCCUGAGGAAACACAUGGUGGAUACCACUUGGGGCUAGUCUUUCUGAGUUCUUUACAUCUCUGAAUAAUUCUCAUCAUUAUCAUGGAGCCCAACAGCCCCAAGAAGAUACAGUUCGCUGUGCCUUUAUUCCAGAGUCAGAUUGCACCUGAGGCAGCAGAGCAGAUAAGGAAAAGAAGACCUACACCAGCAUCACUUGUGAUUCUCAAUGAACAUAACCCCCCAGAAAUAGAUGACAAAAGGGUGACCAACAACACACAAGGAGAAUCACAGAAUGCAUCACCUAAGCAGAGGAAGCAGAGUGUAUAUACACCACCCACCAUGAAAGGGGUUAAGCAUCUGAAAGGCCAGAAUGAAUCAGCCUUCCCUGAAGAAGAAGAGAGCGUAAAUGAGAGAGAGGAGCAGUGGGACCAUUAAUAUCAGUCUGCAGCAAGAAGGCUUCCUGGGAAUAACCAAACUAGGAACUUUUCUGGAUAUCCCAUGGAACCCCACUGCUUGACUUCUGGAAGCAUCCUCCAGCUCUGCACUGCAAAUCUUAUGAUCAAAUGCACCACCUGGAAGCCCCCACAACUGAACUCUAGAACCAAGUACAAGUUGAUCCAUGUCACAAUUAAAUGAUAAGCAUUUAUUUUACAGUGAUUUUUCUUUUGAAUUACAUAGGAACUUGUGAACAUGUGACUGUUCUAACUUUAAAACUGCCAGAGCUUGAUCCCUCAUAUCCUACUGACAUGAUUUGCAUUCUAAAGUGAAAUGUAAAUAGCAUCACUUUAAGAGUAAAAAAUAAAUAUUAAAUACAUUUAGACAUGAGUGU